AUGGAGGCGUUCGAGGCGUGGAUCAACCACGAUGACGACAACACCCACUCCAAGUCGUUCAUAUGUCCCCAGAUCACCGUCCAGGAGCUGAGCGUGUUCGGGAGAGGUUUAUUCGCCCUCGAAGAUCUCGAUAAACCCCAGCUCAUCAUCCGCAUCCCCCACCGACUUUUAGUCAAUUUCACCACGGUGGUCAAACACAUAUGUCGGUAUAUCCCCCACGUCGACUUUGACCAGCAUCCGUUGUACGCGUCGAUCAACCGGGCGUACGAGCCGCCCGAGCUCAGCGACGACGCCGCCGCCCGCUUCUAUCGCCAGCUUGAUAUCGCCACUUUGGAAGCGCUCCUGCUGUUCCAAGUGGUGCUGUUAUUUCUUAUCGUCGAGCUGAGUCGGCCCCACCUGGUGUGGCAGCCGUUUUUGGCGAUGCUCCCCCAGUUGUCGGACUUUGACGCGGUACCCUUGGUGUGGACGAUAAGGGAUAACCAGCCUCAGUGGCACAAGCGGCUACCGCCUUCGGCCCAGGCUCAUGCCGCUAAAGUGGAGGCAAGGUUUGACGAGGAUUGGCAGGUGGUGUCAAAGCUUACCUCCCAACGUGGCUAUACCAUUCAAAAGCUCGAGUACUUGCGGUACUGGAUGUGUAUCAACUCUCGUUGUCUUUACAUGGACAUCCCUCAGGGCACAACCACUGCUGAUAACUUCACGUUGGCUCCUUACGUCGAUUUCAUCAAUCAUACUGACAGCGAUCAGUGCCGGCUCAAAAUCGACGGUAAAGGGUUUCAAGUGUUCACAUCCACCCCAUACAAAAAGGGCGACCAGCUAUUCUUCAGCUAUGGUCCCCACUCCAACGAGUUCUUGAUGUGUGAGUACGGGUUUAUCACCCCGACAAACAAGUGGAACACGCUCGAUAUCACCCACCACAUCCUACCCGAGGUGAGUCUGCGCCCAGCAUGGAAGGAAUGGCUUCAGGAUAACGACUAUUGGGGAGAAUAUACCAUUAGUUCCGAUGGAGCAGCAUCUUUCCGCACGGAGAUGGCGUUAGCAGUGGUACAGGAGCCUCACCCAGAGCAGCUGCGCCGGCUUCAGGCAUUUGUCAGUGGGUACACCGACGGAGCAGUGUACGAAAGGUAUACUCACAGACGGCUUCGCGAGGUCCUUGAGCUGGUGAUCUCGGCGGCGACAACCGAGUUGGAAAAGCCCCCGUUGCCGGGUUUUGCUGGAGACUGUGUUAAACAGAUAUGGCAGGACCAGUGGGAGAUUGCCAAAACGGCGUUGACUCAAUUGAAGAAGUAA